AUGGAGAGGCUCGUGAAAAAAUAUGAGCAGCGAUACAAGAGAGCCAACGAAUGUCUGGCGCGAUGGAAUACCUCGCAAGCUAAGUUGCUGGGUCUCUUCUCCAAUGCGGCGGCUGUGAUCCAGCGUUUCCCGCUUCUCCUGUCCAGGGAUUGUUUUGAGGAAUUGGAAGGGAGGGAUGAUCUCGUCGGGAAACAAGCCGAGUCGCUGGAGAAAAUCUUGUCCAUCAUGCGUGAAACACUGCUGGAUCUGGAGGAUGUUUGCAAAGAUUUUGAGAAGCUGUGGCGAGACGCGGCCAAUCUUUUGAAGAACGAGAAGCCCAAGCCUACAAGGCAGCAGCUCCAGCAGCGUUUUGGUUCCCGGCCCAGUCUAGAAGAUUGCGUCAGUGGACUCAAAGAAUUAUACGCCAUGCACAGAGACGAAUAUGCUCUCAAAGCCGAUAUUAUUUCCAGUCUGACUUACGACACAAAGGCAAACGAUAUUGCUGCAAUGCAAACUGUUUUGGCGGAUCAGCCCAACCUUCCUCCGGACGAAGUCGAAACAAUUUUUAAUAUGGUAUUUGCUGGAGGAGGACGCUAAAGAACAAAAAGAAAGAAGAACAAAUCAUAUACAAAGGUACCCGUUUGAGCUUAAGAAAAUUAGAUUCCCCGAGGCGACGAGUUCUAUCUAGGACCGAUCAAAUCUUUUCAAUAGGGAGGUUCCAGUGAUCCACUCGGAAAGGGAUGGGAGAACCGAUAAAUUUAAUUCCCCGUAUUCACUGGAGGGGGAAGAAGAACAACCAAAUAUAUUGGAUCGGAUUCUCCUUGUAGAGGUACUUUGUGAGGUUACAGCGCACCAAAGCUCAUUUGGUUUGAUAUCUCGAGUAGUAAAAGUUUGGUAAAGGCUCUCCUCAAACGCAGGAACAAACGGGACGAUUUACUUGGAUCGAGCUUUUGGAGCUUUGUAAGGAAGAAGAAGAAGAAGAAGAAGAUCAGAAGACAGACAGGAAAGGGAUGGCAGAACAAACAUGACUGUGUAUCAAAUUUGUUUCUUCCUGGCUCUUUGCGCUGUUUUAUUGUGGUUGACACUAUCCCACAUGGUCCUCUUUGAAAUACAAGGCACGGGACGAACAAAAAUUCUAAAA